UUGAAUAGAAAUUAUUCAAUAUAUUGCCUCCACAUCCACUACAGAUCGCAAAUGCCACAAACAAUUGAUGAUCCUUUUUUUUUCCUUCCUUCUCAACAAACUUCCUUUCAAAGAAAACCUUCUAGUACAAUCAUGUCUGCCUCUCCAUGGUUUGGUCCGUUGGCCCUUGAUCUGAUCCAUAUUACAUAA